AUGUACGGCUUCCGUGCUCUCAUCUUGACCCUCGCUGCCACCGCGCCCCUCGUCCAGGGCGCCCCUGAGCAUCGGGUCUCUCCAUUCACGCGUGUCGCGAAGCAUGAGGCUGCUGAGUCUCCUGUCCCGACUGUGGGCCCCGUAGUCGAGGCACGCCAAUGGACUGGUGAAUGGACUUCCCAUGUGUGGACGUCUACUUGGCGCCAUGGAGACGAAGACCAGGAGAAUGACCACGACGAGGAGCAUGACAACGACGAGGAGCAUGACAACGACGAGGAGCACGACCACGAACAGGAGCACGACCACGAACAGGAGCACGAGAGCCAGGAAGACAUCGUACGAGCUGCGCUUAUGAAAGUUGCCGCUGAACCGUCUAUGACUGCUCAGGUAAACUUUAAUCGGCUCUUUAGCUCCGUCAUGAGAAGCUUGCAAUCCAUCCAAGACAGCUUCGCAACGGCUACUGUUACUGUCACAGGUACAGGUGUUGCUACUACCACGGCCACUUCCACUACCACUGCUACUUCCACUACCACUUUCACCCAGGACCCUUCGACUACCACUGUCACCCAGGACCCUUCUACUACCACUGCCACUUCUACUACUACUGUCACUCAGGACCCUUCCACUACCACGGUCACAGAUGGGGGGGCUACUAUUACUGUCACCCAGGAUCUUUCCACUACCACUGUCACUCAGGACCCUUCCACUACCACGGUUACCCAGGAUCCUUCCACUACAACAGUUACCCAGGAUCCCUCCACUACCACAGUCACCCAGGACCCUUCCACUACCACAGUCACCCAGGACCCUUCCACUACCACGGUCACAGAUGGGGGUGCUACCAUUACUGUCACCCAGGAUCUUUCCACUACCACUCUCACUGUCACAGGGCAGCCUAACCAAGUCAUAACUGCCACUUACACUAUCACCGCCACUACCACCAUCACCGCAGAGGAUCCUUCUACUACUUUCACUACCACCAUCACCGCGCCGGUGGAUACUGCCCCCCCUACCACCACCACCUCAGCUGAUCCUACUACUACUUUCGUUACUACCAUCACCUCUGAGGACCCUAACACUACGGUCACUACGACCGCCACAGUGACUGAAUUUGAUUUCACUAUCGCGGAGAGCGCGGCCGAAACCAUGGCCACGUACCAAAAGAGAGGUGCGUACGCGAACAACCAGACGGCCACUACCUCCCAGGCGUCGCGUCCUACCACGGUGCCGUCUUCUGGCGGUGCUAUGAACGCGGCUGCCCCUGUCAUGGGAGCUGUGGCCGUUUUCAUCGGUGCUUGUGUCAUGGCCCUCUAA